AUGUUUCAUAAAAUAGAAGACAGAGUAAAGUUGGGGAAAUUUGCCAAAGAUUCAAUAGACAAUGCUUUCAAGCGCUAUGCAAGAAGUUAUUACUCUGAUUUUCAAAAAUUAAACAUUUUCUUCUUCAGAGCUCAGUUAUUAAUAUUUGACAGGAAAUAUGCACCAUUAUUUAGAUUACGAAGACUUGCUCUAGUUGAAUUACCAUUUCAAAAAAAUUCAUCAUCAACUGAGUUAUCAAUUAUUGAGGAUGGAGAAGAGCAAUCUAAUGGUGGAAAAUCUGAAUUUGAUUAUCUAAUUCCGACAUCAAAUACUCCCAGAUCAUCUAUAAAUAUUAAAAAAUAA